AUGCCCGACGCAGAGGCAUGGGGAGUAGCCAGAACCCUUGCCGUGGUUAAAAAUGGGCGUGUUCGCGUCUGCAACCUCCACCCUUACCCAGUUUCGAUAGGGCGCUAUCAAAACCUGGGCAGGUUAUACCAGGUGGAGGAGGCUGACGUCCAGGGAGCCCGUGACCUGAGCCUGACCAUGGGUCCAGAUGGUGUUGUGGAAGUUGGCAUGGUGGACACCCGGAGCCCAGAGAGAAACCCAAAACGAGGAGAUGAGGAGGAUUUCGGGAGGACUCACCUGGUCCAACAUCGCAUCCAUACUGGAGAAAGCCGCAGAACAUAA